AUGAAAUAAUUUGUUUAUUUUACUUUGAAGAUCGAAUUAUCCCAAAAAGCUACAGAUUCUUAAAACUAUCUGUAUUUUUAACUAUUUUAAUUCCGUUAUCAUAUUUUGAAACUUUUUUUAUCGAAAUAGUAACAUUUAUUCCUCUUUUUAUAAUUAACUACAUUUUACUACUUUUAUUAAGAACAAUUUUUAAGAUAUUUGAAUCCAUUUAUAGAUUUCAAGGAAUUUCUAGGACUAUUAUAAUUAGUAUAUUCUUUUUAAUUCAUCUUUUGUCAUAUGUAUUAUCUAUCUAUUUAUCUCUUCUAAAGUAAGCAUGAUAAAUAUUUUAGGGGUUAAUGCCAUCAAAAUUUUAAUUUAAAAAUGUCAAUUGUUCUGGGUUGUUCGAUCAUACUGAGUUAUGCUAUAGUAGAUAUCCUAGUCAUUUAUUGCAGAAUAGUUCUAUUUAGAUAUAUAGUAACUCUAAUGAAAGAAGAUGAGUUCAACCCGAUAAAUAGAUUUUUUUACUUCUUUAUUUAGCAUAACAAAUUGUCAGAAAUAUUCUUAGAAUAUACUGUUAUAUGA